AGCACCUCGGUUCCAUCUCUGUGGCUUUGUCUCUCUAUCUCCCUCUCCAGAGAAAUUUUCGCCGAAAGAGAGAGAAGCGAUGCAGUUCUUCGGAGGAUCGGAGAUAAGCCCUUCGCCGCCGGUGCCGACGGCGAGUGGGAACAACGCGCACAUGCUGUACGUCUUCAACCGCAACGGGAUCUGCCUUCUCUACAGGGAGUGGAAUCGUCCUCUUCACACGCUCAACGCUCAACAGGAUCACAAGCUCAUGUUUGGCCUCCUCUUCUCUCUCAAAUCCCUUACUGCCAAGAUGGAUCCCGUCAAUGCGGAUAAGGGGAAUCUUGGGGUUCCUCAGUUGCCGGGACAAGGAUGCUCUUUCCACAGUUUCCGGACAAAUACUUACAAGCUUAGUUUCAUGGAGACUCCUUCUGGAAUUAAGCUUAUCUUAGUUACCCAUCCGAGGACAGGAGAUUUACGGGAAUCCCUGAAGUACAUUUACAGUUUAUACGUAGAAUACGUUGUGAAAAAUCCUUUGUACAACCCAGGGGCUCCAAUCAAGUCUGAUUUGUUCAACACAGCACUUGAUCAGUAUGUCAGGAGCAUUUCAUAGUGCUGCGGUUUGGCCACAGGGACCAAUCGCCUUCGAACAUCUUCCGGUAUGUUUCUAUUGAAGAUUGUUUCAGCAUCUGUGCCGUAGUAUUAUACGUUUCUCAGAUCAGUUGCGAGUAUAUUUCUUUCAGAAUUUAUAGCCCGACGAUCUGACAAACUGUCUAAUCUGAAAAAUGCUUGUGUUCUUGUCUUGGUGGAUGUAAUCUAUCAUGUGGGUUCUUCUUUCUGAUUGUAUUACCAAUGGGUUCUUGGUUCAUCAGAUACAGGUGGGUAUGUUUUUAUA